AUGUCCAAGGCGACUCAGUUGACUUGGACUUUUCUUCUUGGUUUCCAUCUUGUAGCUUAGUCUCCAUUUUGGACAGAGAAAAGGCGCAAAAACUAAGUCUUUGAGCCGUCUCUCUGAAUUCCCUCUGCUUUCUUAACGGAUUCAAUAGGGGUAUAUGUUCUUCAGUUAUUUUCCUUUCUUAUUCCCAAGUCAAUAAAAAAAAAUUCUCAUUUCUCUGUUUUGUGAAACAAGUGAAAAAGACAAGUUGAAUUUUCUUGGAAUGCGGUAAAAAAGCUAAAGUUGAUCAAGUGCAGUAUUGCUAUUGAGAAUUUGGGUACUGUAGUUGCAUAGUAUUUAGAUGGUGAAGAAAAAGAGAGCAAGUUGUUUGGAUGUGAGACAAGCUAUGGAUUUCUUGAAUCAGUUGUUAGCUGAUAAACCAAUUCUUCCAUUUGUAAUUCCAAUAUUUUUAGUUGUUUGGGGGAUAGAGAAGUGGAUUUUCUCUCUCACUAAUUGGGUUCCUCUUGCCGUAGCUGUCUGGGCAGUUUUUCAGUAUGGAAGUUACCAGCGCAAAAUUCUUGCAGAAGACUUGAAUAAGAAAUGGAUGCAAGUGUUGCUGGAGACAUCACCAACAACCCCUUUGGAGCAGUGUGAGUGGCUGAAUAAGCUAUUAAUUGAAAUUUGGCCUACUUAUAUGAGCCCAAGGCUUUCUUUGAGGUUCUCUUCUAUUGUUGAGAGACGCAUGAAACAACGAAAACCAAAGUUGAUUGAAAAGAUUGAAUUACUAGAAUUUUCACUUGGUUCUAAACCUCCGCUCUUAGGGCUUCGUGGGAUACGGUGGUCAACUUCCGGUGAUCAGCGAAUUGUGCAUCUUGGUUUUGACUGGGACACUACCGAUAUCAGUAUCAUGUUGCUUGCCAAGUUGGGAAAGCCAUUAAUGGGGACUGCUCGCAUAGUUAUUAACAGUAUCCACAUCAAGGGUGAUCUCCGCUUAGUGCCAGUUCUAGAUGGAAGAGCAUUUUUAUACUCAUUUGUGGCACCUCCGGAGGUUAGGAUAGGCGUUGCAUUUGGAAGUGGUGGAAGCCAAUCUCUUCCAGCAACUGAGCUGCCAGGUGUUUCUGCAUGGCUGGUUAAACUUGUUAAUGACUCCUUAUCUAAGAGGAUGGUUGAACCUCGCCGUAAUUGUUUUUCUUUGCCUGCGGUAAAUUUAUUCAAAAGGGCUGUCGCUGGUGUACUCUCAGUGACUGUGAUGUCUGCCAGCAAAUUGUCAAGAAGUAACCUGAGGAGUAGCCCUUCCAGGAAACAAAGCUCAUCGACAGAUGGUUAUGUGGAAAAUCUCCAUGAUUACAAGGAUUUGCGGACAUUUGUCGAGGUUGAACUUGAAGAAUUAACCAGGAAAACAGAUGUCAGACCAGGAUCCUGCCCUAGAUGGGACUCAAAGUUCAAUAUGACUCUACAUGAGGAUGCAGGAACAAUUAGGUUCAAUUUAUUUGAAUGUACUCCUGGCAGUGUGAAGUAUGACUAUCUGACAAGCUGUGAAAUAAAGAUGAGAUAUGUUGCAGAUGAUUCAACAAUAUUUUGGGCGGCGGGAGCUGUCUCCGCUGCUAUAGCCAGGCGUGCUGAGUUUUGUGGUAAAGAAAUUGAAAUGACGGUUCCAUUUGAGGGGAUUAAUUCAGGAGAGUUGACAGUGAAACUCAUCUUGAAGGAAUGGCAAUUCGCUGAUGGUUCAGAUAGCUCGAACGGUUUACCUAUCAGCUCUCAGCAUUCACUCAAUGGUACAUCAAGUUUUCUACCUAGAACAGGAAGAAAAAUCUCUGUGACAAUAGUUGAAGGAAAGGACCUUCCAUCAAAAGAUAAAUUUGGAAAGCCUGGUUCUGGCUGUUACGUAAAAUUCCAGUACGGGAAGGCUCUGAAGAAAACGAGAACUGUUUCACAUACUUCAGAUCCUACCUGGAAUCAGAAGUUUGAAUUUGAUGAAAUAAGUGGUGGUGAAUAUCUGAAGAUAAAGUGCUUCAUUGAGGAGAUGUUUGGAGAUGAGAACAUUGGUAGUGCACGAGUAAGCUUAGAAGGACUUAUAGAGGGGUCCCCGAGGGACGUGUGGAUUCCUCUCGAGAAAGUGAAUUCUGGAGAAUUGCGGCUCCAGAUAGAAGCAAUCAGAGUUGAUGACUAUGAAGGAUCCAAGGGUUCAAAUGGUAGUUCUUCCAAUGGUUGGGUUGAAGUUGCUCUCAUUGAGGCAAAAGACCUUGUUGCUGCUGAUCUCCGAGGAACCAGUGAUCCUUAUGUGAGGGUACAAUAUGGCAAUUUGAAGAGAAGAACUAAGGUUAUGUACAAAACUUUGCAUCCUCAAUGGCACCAGACAUUAGAAUUUCCCGAUGAUGGGAGUCCCCUAGAGUUGCAUGUUAAGGACCACAACCAUUUACUGCCAACAGCAAGCAUAGGUGAUUGUGUUGUUGAGUACCAAAGGUUGCCUCCAAAUCAAAUGUUUGACAAGUGGAUACCACUUCAAAAUGUGAAGAAGGGAGAGAUCCAUAUUCAAGUCACACGCAAAGUUCCUGAUCUAGAAAAGAAAACAAGCGUAGAUUCUGAGUCCUCAGUGACCAAAGCACGCCGCCAAAUUUCUAACCAGAUGAAGCAAAUGAUGAUCAAGUUCCAGUCGUUUAUAGAAGACGAUGAUCUCGAAGGACUUUCAGCAUCGUUGCACGAAAUGGAAAGCCUACACGACUCCCAAGAGGAGUUUAUGGUCCAGCUUGAGACUGAACAAACACUUUUGCUCAACAAGAUAAAUGAACUUGGCCAGGAAAUCAUUAAUUCAUCACCUUCCUAUGCUUUGGGUAGAAGACCUACUUUCCCUUGAAAAAACUGCAAUCCCAUUGUUUUCCUUUUUGUUAAUAUACAAUAUAUGAUUUUUCCACUAGAUAGGUCAUAGGGUCCAUAUCAAUCUUGUUGAAUUUUUCAAGCUGUAAAAUUGAUUAUCGUGUAUAUUAACUGGAAGGGAAAUACCUUCACACGCCUUCAAAAUGAAACCAGUGGCUUCAGACAUAGAACAGCAGGCUAACUUUUUGUAAUUGUAAUGCAGAAGCAUAAAUGUCAGUUCUCUGUUCUGGUUGAUAAAAACGUUACGUUUGUAUAUAUAAGGAGUCAGAAUUGCAUUUUUCUUCCA